CUAACAAGUUCGAGUCACUCAACUAAAAUAAAACUCCAAACCACAAGUUUCGUAUAACCAGGUUGAGUAGAUGCUUCAAUUAUUUGUUCAUCCUGCUUCGAUGGCUUAAUCGACUGACCAUUGAUUGAGAAUUACAUAUGUGUGUAAUCAAGACUUUUCCAGUGGACCAAAUGACUAAAGAAUAUCUUUUUGUAAACAAGUCAACUGCAAUCACUGUGCUGUUUCUUGAUAUAUGAAUGUGGAAGAGUCGCGACGCCCUGUGACACAACGUUGAUUGGAUUUCGAAGCAUGAAAAAGGCAUCACUAAAGGAACGUUUCUACCAAUUCUUGCUCAUGUAUUUGUAUUCCAUCCACCACAGCUAUGGUGCUACAGAUACCAUAACUGCGACCUAUUUUCUCAAAGAUGGCGGAGCCAAUAUUGCUUCAGCUGGUGAAACCUUUGAAAUGGGGUUCUUCAGUCCAGGUAAUUCUAAGCUUCGUUAUGUUGGUAUUUGGUACAAGAACAUAUCUGUUAGGACAGUGGUGUGGGUUGCCAACAGAGAAGCUCCUUUGACCAGUGGAUCAGGUAUUCUUAAGGUCAUUGAGCCAGGUCUUCUUGUCCUUCUCAAUGGCACUGACAAUGUUGUAUGGUCAACUAAUACCUCUAGAUCUGCGCAGAAUUCCAUUGCACAGUUGCUGGAUUCCGGAAAUCUUGUAGUCAAAGAAGCUGGUGGUGGUAAUUUCCUAUGGCAGAGUUUUGAUCACCCGACUGAUACACUUUUACCAGGUAUGAAGCUUGGUUGGAAUUUUGUAACUGACCGAGAGGUGUACUUAUCAUCGUGGAAGAACGGGGAGGAUCCAGCUCCGGGCGAUUUUACCUAUCACUGUGAUCCUUCUGGUUAUCCACAGAACUUCCUGAAGAAGGGUAACAAUGUUGUAUAUCGCUCUGGACCGUGGAAUGGUCUUCGUUUUAGUGGGGCAACAAGCUCAAGAGAUAGUCCUUUAUAUACAUUUGGAAUAUUCUCAAGUAAGACAGAGGUGUAUUUUACUUAUAAGCUCCUAUCUUCAGUUAUCACAAGGCUGAUCUUAAAUCAUAAUGGUGACCUACAACGCUGGACUUGGGGUGACAGGAAACAGGAUUGGGGCCCUUACCUCUCAAUACCCACAGAUAAUUGUGAUGUUUACAAGCUAUGUGGCGCAUAUGGUAGCUGCAACAGUGUAAAUUCUCCAGUAUGUGGAUGCUUAGACAAAUUUGUGCCAAAGCAUAAUGAAAGUUGGCAAAAGGCAGACUGGUCAGCUGGUUGUGUUCGGAGGACUGAACUGAACUGCCUAAAAGGAGAUGUAUUUUUGAAGUAUUCGCACGUCAAGUUGCCAGACACACGGAAUUCCUUGUCCAAUGUGACUAUGACACUAGAAGAAUGCAAGAAUAUCUGCUCUAAGAAUUGCUCUUGUAUGGCUUACUCGAAUCUUGACAUACGCAAUGGAGGAAGUGGGUGCUUAUUGUGGUUCAAUGAUCUGCUUGACAUUCGACAGCUAUCGAAUGAAGGACAAGAUAUCUAUAUAAGAAUGGCUGCCUCUGAAUUAGUUGCAGAUAGUCGGGAGAAAUCAGAUGGAAAGAUAAGAAAAAUACUCUUAUGGAUUCUGCCAUUAUCAGUUGGUGUGAUUCUGGUAAUCCUUAUCGUUUUGAUCUGCCAAAGAAGAAGGAAGAAGGCUUUAAACAUCAUAAAGAAAGGAAAGUGUGGACGCAACGGAAAUUUCAAGAUGGAUUACAACAGUGGUAGUUGCACUGAAGAAUUUGAGAUACCACUGUUUGACUUAUCUACCAUAACUAAGGCUACCAAUAACUUUUCAGCUAAGAGAAAGAUUGGAGAGGGGGGCUUUGGUCCUGUUUACAAGGGAAUACUUGAACAAGGACAGGAAGUAGCAGUCAAGCGGCUGUCUAAAACUUCUGCACAAGGAGAAGAUGAGUUCAAGAAUGAAGUUGUAUAUAUUGCCAAGCUUCAGCAUAGAAAUCUUGUGAAGAUUCUCGGAUGCUGCAUUGAAGGGGGAGAAAAAAUGUUGAUCUUAGAGUACUUGCCAAACGGAAGUCUUGAUUCGUUUAUUUUUGGUGACAGACAAAGCAUGGUAUUAGACUGGCCUAAGCGCUUUCACAUUAUCAAUGGGAUUGCUCGGGGACUUGUGUAUCUGCAUCAAGAUUCUCCAUUGAAGAUAAUUCACAGAGACCUGAAAGCUAAUAACAUUUUGCUAGACAAUGACAUGAAUCCAAAGAUAUCAGACUUCGGCAUAGCAAGAAUUUCUGAAGAGGACGAGAUUGGAGCCAUGACAAAUCGAGUUAUUGGAACAUAUGGCUACCUCUCACCAGAAUAUGCAUUGCACGGGGAAUACUCAGUGAAAUCAGAUGUAUUUAGCUUUGGUAUAUUAGUACUGGAAAUUGUGAGUGGGAAAAGCAACAGAAGAUUCUCUCCUCCAGACCUUAGCCUUAAUCUACUUGGAUAUGCGUGGGAGCUGUACAAAGAAGGAAGGUCAAUAGAACUACUUGAUGAACACCUAUGCGAUUCUUGUUUAACACCUGAAGUGGAACGAUCAAUCCGUGUUGGUCUACUAUGUGUCCAACAACGUCCAGAGGAUCGUCCAAGUAUGUCUUCCGUGGUUCUGAUGCUAAACAAUGAAGGUCCAUUGCCACGGGUUAAACAACCAGGUUUUUACGUAGAAGAAGAUGCACAGUAUGUUGAAUUAUUUUCUAGCCAAUAUGCACAUACUAUAUAACAGAUGAGAUUCCAUUAUAAUAUAAUUAGAUUCCAGACAGAGAAAGCUGGUGACUCUCUUGUCUGCAACAAAUUCUUUGUAGCAAUGUGGCUAAUUAAGCUUGCAUUGUAACAUAUUAUUGUUAAUCCUUCUCAAAAUAUAUGUUUGACAUUCUUGUUUCAAACACUGAAGCGAGAAUUUCAGUAAUGUAAAGCUAGAGAAAGAUAGCAGACCAAUGAAUGUUAGC